CUCGCGAGAUGUCGGCUGCUUCAGUUGAGUAAACGCCACGUCUUAUCGUCAGCUGCUGGAGUAACAUCAGUAGAGACAUAAAAAGCAGCUGUUGAGGGAAUAUAUUUUCCUCAGCGCACACAGAUAAACAUUAGCCUCGCAGGCGGUGAUAUCUGAUACAAUACGGGAUAAUAUGGGCUGCAUACGUCUGCAGGCACUGACACUGGUCACAUCUGCACUUCUACUGAUAGUUUCUCAUUUAGUCAACACACACGGCCACUCGCAUGGCGAGCAUGCCCACUCCCAUGGUGAACACGGGCACUCGCACGGCGAAAGUGGCCACCAUCACCACGGGCACAGUCAUCACGGCCACUCCCAUGGGGAGGACGAUUAUCACAGCCACUCUCAUGGCCCUCAGGUGAAGAUGUUCGAAGGAGCAAGCAAGUGGAGUGCUGAGGCCAACCUCCCUCAGCAUGAUGAACAUGACCAUAAACACGCCCACUCACACAGUCACGGAUCCCAUGCACACUCACAUGAGCACGGACAUGCCCAUCACGAGGAUGUUGUCCGUGUGCAUAAGGAGGAGAGCAGUCACGUGCACUCACAUGUGGGCGAGAGGGAGAAGAGGAACCUGAUGGAGCUCUGGAUGCAGGCUGUUGGUGCCACGCUGCUGAUCAGCGCUGCUCCAUUUCUCAUCCUGUUUCUGAUCCCUGUUCAGUCCAACAGCGACCAGCACCAGAACCUGCUCAAGGUGCUGCUCAGCUUUGCGUCCGGUGGACUGUUGGGUGAUGCGUUCCUCCACCUCAUCCCACACGCUUUGGAGCCUCACUCCCACCAUGGAGACGGCGGUCACGGCCACUCACACGCUAGUGAAGAAUCACAUGACCAUGGCCACUCCCACGGUGCAGCUCACGGUCACAUGAUGUCUGUGGGUCUGUGGGUUCUCGGUGGGAUCAUCGCAUUCCUGGUUGUAGAGAAAUUUGUGCGUCUCAUGAAAGGACAGCACGGACAUGGACAUUCCCACGAACACUUGCGUGCUGCUCCAAAGGCGAAGGACAGUGAUGGAGAGGAAGACAAGAAUGAUAAGAAGACAAAGGAGAAGAAAAGCAAAGAGAAGGUGGCAGAGAAAGAGCCGGCAAAGAGCACAGAAAUCAAGGUGUCGGGUUACCUGAACCUCGCUGCUGACUUCACACACAAUUUCACAGACGGCCUGGCCAUCGGAGCGUCCUUCCUAGUUAGUCCAGCAGUGGGCACCGUCACCACAGUCACCAUCCUGCUACACGAGGUUCCUCAUGAAAUUGGAGAUUUCGCCAUCCUGGUUCAGUCCGGCUGCACCAAGCGGAAGGCCAUGGGACUGCAACUGUUGACAGCAUUGGGCGCUCUGGCUGGUACAACUUGUUCCUUACUAGCUGAAGGCGUGGGUGCUGCAGCAACCGCCUGGAUCCUGCCCUUCACCGCCGGUGGGUUUGUUUACAUCGCCACAGUCACUGUGCUCCCAGAACUGCUGGCGGGGCGCUCCAGCUUCAGCCAGUCACUAAUGGAGAUCCUGGCGUUGUUGUUUGGCGUUGGCAUGAUGGUGCUGAUUGCCGAGUACGAGUGAGGCAGAAACACUCAUGAACGAGACACCACCAGACAGAUAAAUAGAAUUUUUUUUUUUUUUUUUUAGUCAAUGUGACACCCAUGAUGGAAAAAGGGAUGUUACUGUUUUUGUUGUGUGUUUAUUUUGUCCACAAUCACAUCCUUUUUGUUUGUCACAGAGCAGCUGCAUUUCCAUUUCCUUUUUCUUUCUUUUUUUUAACACUAUCUGAAAAAUGAAGACUGAUGUUUUUGAGGACUGCUGCUGAUUUCCUUUGUAGGAAUUCGUCAACGUCAGUGGCGUUUUUGAUGCCCACUCACAGCGCAUUCCGGUCGAUCGAAUGAAUAAUAAAUCAGUUGGCUGUAGAAGCGACACUGGUUCGGACACAUGAUGAACUUCUGCUUCAUUUACAGACGCUGAAUGUCAAAAUUCUCACAUUCCACAAAAUAAAAGUCACUUUAAACUG